UGUUAUGAUUAUGAAGAUCUCAGUGUGUAUAAUCAUCUGCUUGGCUCUAGCAGCAGACAUUGUAGCUGAUUCGCUUGAUACGGAAUUGAAUUCCAAAGAGAUAGCAACAGAAGAUUUGAAAGAUCUUCUAUUCACUUCAAUGCAGAGCAUCAUCUCUCUGAAUGACCUGGUGACUGGACUUUCAAAGCAGAUGGCUGAACUGACCAUAUUAUCCGCACAAACCACAGCGAAGAUGGAGAUAUCCACCACAGAGACGAGCAUCGCCACAGCAUCUCUGUCCAGAGAGUUGGAAAACUUGAAGAAGAAGAUCUCCACGAUAAACGACAACUUUACAGAUCUAGAAAGCAGGAAGAAGGACAAAGGCCCGUGGAAGUGUUACCACUAUACAGAAUCUGACAGAGAAUGGAGAGCGAAUCAUGAAGCGACACAUGCAGAGAUGUGUGAGCGAGUGACAGGAGGAAAAUUCACCAGAGGAAAGAACGAUCUGGUUCCUGAUUGUGGGACAUGUUGGUGCUGUCAGGAUCAGUCAGCUUUGAUCCCGGUGGAUGGAGGCUGGGGAUUUUGGAGUGACUGGGGCGAGUGUUCUGCAGAGUGUGAUGGAGGAGUACAGACCCGGGAGAGAAGCUGUACAGACCCAGCACCAGCACGCGGGGGAGUAGAGUGCCGUGGAGAGGGAGAGGAAUCCAGGGAGUGCAAUUCAGAACAAUGUCCUGAAUCUCCUGAUUACACCAUGUACAUCCACUGUGAUGACGUGCUGACUAUCUUCGUGGACGGUGCUGAAAGACGACCGGCUGGGUUGAGCAAUUCGGGCACAAUGUCGACCUUGAACAUUCCAGCUUCUAGCGAGCUCAUUGCUGUCAAAUGCUUGGAAAAUGGAGGAGGAUAUGGAAUCAUAGGUUCGGUUCAAGAUGCUGAAGGAGGUGAUAUCCUGGUGACGGACAGCUCCUGGAAAUGUUCUAAUACCUGGGAAAGUGGAUGGAGUCUUCCUGGUUUUAAAGAAGGUAACACCUGGAGAGCAGCCACAGAUCUUGGUGAUGGUCAUUUCAUGAUUGCGGACCAUGGUGAGGAUAUACCCUCAUCCAACAUGAACAAGAGAGUUAUUUGGACUGCUAGCAGCUCAGAUACUACUGUUUAUUGUCGUAAGACUAUUAAAUAGACUCACUACAUCGCAACACAGCUAAAUAGCCUACAGUAUAAAUGACAAACAAACAACGCAACUCAAUUGUAGCAUAACACCAUUCGAUGAAAAGUAAAGCUGGAGUUGUCGAAUGAACAUUGGCAUCGUAAAAUUCAAUCAAAAUGAACAAUUUUCUAAAUAUGGUGUAUUCAUUGGUAUUUUUAUAAAAAUUUAAAGUUCAUUGUGUGAUUUAGA